GCUUGUCUGGAGAAAGAGAAGAAAAGAGAGCGGGUGGGAGCGAGAGGUCGUCAAACGGCACACCAGUGCGCAGAAGGGAGACGCCAGACGGACCGAGAGACCGAGACGGGAACACGCGUCGGCGAUACUCGGCGACGAUGGCGCGACGUGGCGCGGCGGAUCGAGGGGCGACGGAACGGAGAGGGAACGGAAGGCGUGCGCGCGAGCCAAGGAGAGAGAGAGGGGCGCGAGGAGUCGGUAGCCACGGUGGGAGAAAGGGAAGAGUGCUUUCAACGUUCGGCACGAGUUCCUCGGAGUUCCUCUUGCGCGCAUUCGCCGGAGUCUCCGAGUCCACCACUCACUCACUCACUCACUCGCGAGCGCGCGCGCGCACGUGACAAAUUUGUGUCUUUCUCUCGGACAAUUUAAAAUCUUCUUUCCCGCGUGUCUUUCCCCUCGCACUUAAAGUCUCGCGUCUUUCUUCAAGGUAAGGUAUCGCGAGAUCGCUUCGAUUUUCAAUGUUUCGGAACGCCGCAAACACGCACGUCCGCGGAAGACGCUUUGCGAUUAAACGGUUCUCGAACGCGCGAACGAUCUGACGUUGGGUGAGUUGGGUCCGAUCCGCGCGCAACUUCAACUCGAUGCGCAACGCGACUGGACCGCGCGCGGCGCGCAGAUGUUCGUUCACUGCGCCGACACUCCGGGACUCGACCCGGUUUGACCGUCGCGAUGAAUCACAUGUUAUCGAGCGUCGGCAUCGAACGCGCGUACGAUUGUAUUAAAUAAUUGCAUAACCUCACUUUCCUUCGAUUCGCGCAUACAUUCACGCACGCGCGCCCGCGCGCGCGCGCACGCAUAUGAUAUUACGAUCGCGCGUCCUGUCUGCUCUGUCGCGGCGCGGCGCGGCGACGCGAGAGACGAUUCUUCUUUACCUUUCUCUCUCUUUCGCUCUGUUUCUCUCCGAUUCCUCGUCUCUCUGUCAUACGGAUGCUCGCGCGCGAUCGCACCCGGCGACGAAACGUCAGGCGCUUAAUCGGAUCGGCGUACCGCAACCUAGCAAGCGCACGAUCACGAUACCAUUAACUGAACUGCGCGUAGGACAGAACGGGACGACAUGCAUCCCGUUCAAACGGCGAAACCGUAAUUACUGCCGCCGCGACGCAGCCGCGCUCCGGUGGCGACGCGAGAAACCGUCAGAAACCGUCGACCUCCGAUCGGCUUCGUCCAACGUGGCGUCAACGUUCGGGGAAUAUCGGUACUACUAUGGAUAUCACGAGUGCCACUACCGGUGCAUCGAUCAUGGUGGGCUGGAUAUCUACUGGAUGACUUUAUAAGGAAAAAGCGAUGGCUUUGGGUGGAACAAGACUUAAAACUAGACUUCCGAUAAUACCAGGCACGAAACCUUCGUUACGAAAUUCACAGUUGCUUAUUUCAACAGGGAUACCUUCUUUAGACAGUUCAAUUGGCGGAGGUUUACCUAUUGGCUCGAUAUUUUUAAUUGAGGAGGACAAGUAUGGCUUCUAUGCUAAAACUAUAUUGAAAUACUUUAUGGCAGAGGGAAUAGUCGUAUCUCAACCUGUACUGAUUGCGUCUCAAGAUGUCCAACCUUCCCAUCUUGUAUCAAGAUUGCCCGCAGUUAUAGAUAAUUCAGAGGAACAUACGAAAACUACAAAUAAUGAAGAUGAACCAAUGAAAAUAGCUUGGCGAUAUCAAAAGAUGAAAGUAGUAGAUUCAAUUCCUACGGGAGGUCAAAUAUUCGGUCAUUAUUAUGAUCUUACAAAGCAGAUGCAAAAGGAUUUCUUAGAACAUGCUGACAUAAAACAAUGGGAAUUUAAUGAGGAAAUGACACUAGAUGAAAAUAAUAGUCAUACAUUUAAGAACGCUGCAUAUACUGAUUUAUUAUGUACUGUAGAAAAAACUUUACGCGAUGGACAAUAUUUUCUCUCUGAAACACCAGAACAGAAAACAAAGAAAAUUUUAAGAAUCGCAAUUCAUUCUCUGGGAUCAAGAUUAUGGCUUAGUGACACAGAGAAAGAUUCUGAUAGUGAUCUAUUAAAAUUUCUAUAUUGCUUCAGAGCACUUUUAAGGAAUUCCUAUGCAGUCGGCAUAGUAACAAUACCAGUUAAUAAUUUCAAUAACAAUUUCGCUAUCGAAAGAAUUGAGCACGUAUCGGAUAUAGCAAUUAGAUUGGAAUCGUUUGCGGGAUCUGCAAAAGCGCUUAAUCCAUUGUAUAAGGAAUAUCAUGGUCUGUUGCACAUUAAGAAAUUGUGUGCAUUAAAUGGUUUGUCACACGGCAAUUCACAACACAGAGAUUUAGCAUUUAAAUUACGCCGUAAAAAGUUUCUUAUAGAAGUUUUACAUUUGCCACCCGAGUUCGAAGAUACGUCUCAACGAGAGCAAGAUGACACAGUAACAUCCAAUAUUGGAUGCAUGAGUGGAUCUCAUAAAAGUCACGCCUAUCCCGUUUAACGGGAAGUGCAUGAUGUGGCGACUGAAUUAAUGUAGAGAAGAGGAGAUAGGCUUCGUGAACA